AUGAUUAUACUAUCAAUUAUUUUAGCAAUUGCACAUUCUCAAUAAAUAAAACCAACUGAUUAUGCAUUCUCUUUAAUUUAAGGUAUUACAUACAUUUCUAUAUAUAGUAUAGUCAUUAAUACAUUAUGAUUUGAAAGUAAAUUAAAAUGCAAUACUCUAUACUUAUCCCAGAGGUACAAUUUAUAAAAGCAACAUCUAAACUAAUAAUUCAAAUCUAUUGUGUAGUGUCUAACAUGAUACAAUAACAUUGACAAAUAAUAUCACUAAAUAGAUUACAUCAAAAGAUAAAAUGGAAAAAGAAAAUGAUUAAAUCAUUAAUGCAUUUCUUCUUAACAAAUAAUUAGGAUUAGUAACAGAAUAAAAUUACUUUAUUUAAUUUAAUUUAGAGACACUUGAAAUAAUUCAAAAGUAUCAGCUAUCUGAAUUUUUUGCAGCUAAAUAAUAAUUUAAAAAAGGAGUGUUCAGUCCAGAACUUAAUAUGACUUUUCUAUUCUAUUAGAAUAUCCUACUCAUUUAGAAUGAUUAAGGAAUAAUUACGUCCUAAAUUAUUUAAGAAAUGACUAUUACUAAAAUAUUAUGUAGUUUGGGAUACAUAUUCAUUUCAACAAAUGAUGGAUUCUUAGUUUAUUGGAUAGAUGUUGAAAAUCAAAUAAUUUUAUUAAGAAGCACUAUUGAUAAAAAUGAAAAUAUUAUUGAUAUUCAAUUAAGUACUAAAGGAGAAUAUAUAUUUUUAUUAAAAAAAGAUGGAAUUCAUAUUUAUAGAGUACUUUUUGAUAGUUAGAAAUGGAUUUAAAUUUUACCAUACUCUAUAUUAUCUUUCAUACCUAUUGAAUCUUCAUUUGCAUUUAAUUAAAAUAAUGAUUAGAGUUUUGUUGUCCUCAUAAAACCUUAAAAGUAGGUGAUUUUUUUAGAUUUAGAAAUAAAUUUAGUGUAAGGAAUUUGGUUUGUAGUAAACACUCAUAACCUUAAAAUAGAUGCUUAAAGCUUAGAAAUAAAUAACAAUUAUGUUAUUAUUAAAGGUUCUGAGACUCAUAGUAUAAUUAGACAUUCAUAACCCAAUAUUUUUACGGUAUUAAAAAUUAAAAUUAUAAUUAUAGAAUAUUUUUAAUUAAUAUCCAUUUACUCAAGCACAUGUCAUUAAACUAAAUUUUUAUGAAUCUAUCGAAAAAGAUAUUCUAUUUGGUGUAGAUACAGAUUCUAUAACUUUCUAUCGUUUAGAUUAAAUAGAUGGUAACAUAUUGUGUUCAACAAAUGAUACAAAUUUAAUUGGUUAGGUAUUGAUUUAUUUAAAUUAGAAUUUUGUAUAUUAAGUUUAUUCUAAUUUAAGUGAUUGCGAAAAAAAGUAACAAUAUUCAGGAGAGAUAGAAAGCAAGGAUUUGAUAGUAUGUUAAUUUAAUAUAGAUCUUGAAAUAAAUGUUAUUUCUGAAAAUUUAAAUGAUUUUAGAAGAUAAAUUUUAAUAAUAAUUAGUAUUUGUUUAGGAUUGGCAUUGGUUUUAAGUAUAUUGGGAUUGAUUUGUUAUAGAAGAAAAACAAGAAAGUAGCUUAAUAAAUAUGAAUAAUAAAUAAAAUAGUAUUAAUAAUUUUAAAGUGAUCAAAAUGAGAGUAAUCGUACAAAACAGACAACAUUAAAAGUAGAAAAUAAUUUUAAGAUUGAUGAAUUUGAAUAAUGA